UCCUGUCUCUUAAAGCGAACGUCAACACUUAACAGGAGACAGCCAAUCAGCUUGACUCUCUGCUACGUUAGCGCAGCUCAGGCAAAACAACAAGCUCGUUCAGAAAUUGUGUUCCUCUUAGCAACAAAUCCACCGAGAAUUCAAGCGUUGAACAUGUCCAAUUAACUAGGGAUUUUAUAUCUGGUGGAUGUUAUAUUUGUUUAGGCCUCGGUUUAGGCUAAAGUCAGAGCUAGUCUGAGCUACUGACGCGCCGUUAGCCACUAGCUAAGUGUUGCUAGCAUCGGCGAUCCAGCAGAGAAAGAUGGGGUCCAUCCUGAGUCGCAGGAUCGCUGGUGUUGAGGACAUCGAUAUCCAGGCUAACUCGGCCUAUAGAUUUCCACCUAAAUCUGGGAAUUACUUUGCUAGCCACUUCUUCAUGGGAGGAGAGAAAUUUGACACACCGCAUCCAGAGGGAUACCUCUUUGGGGAAAACAUGGACCUGAAUUUCCUUGGAAAUAGGCCAGUGCAGUUUCCAUAUGUGACACCUGCACCUCAUGAGCCUGUGAAAACCCUGAGGAGUCUGGUUAACAUUAGAAAGGACUCUUUGCGUCUAGUCAGAUAUAAAGAUGACUCUGACACAUCAUUGGAGGAUGGUGGAAAACCAAAGGUCCAGUAUGGUGUGGAGUUCACCUUUGACGCUGACGCUCGAGUAGCAAUCACCCUCUACUGUCAGGCGUUUGAGGAGUUCUCCAAUGGGAUGGCUAUUUACAGCCCAAAGGAUCCAUCCAUGGUCUCUGAAACUGUGCAUUACAAGCGAGGAGUGAGCCAGCAGUUCUCCAUGCCAUCUUUCAAAGUAGAUUUCAGUGAGUGGAAAGAGGAAGAUCUGAACUUUGACCUGGACCGAGGAGUAUUUCCCAUGGUAAUCCAAGCUGUGAUCGAUGAAGGGGAUGAUUGUCUUGGGCAUGCUCAUGUACUUUUGGCAGCCUUUGAAAGACACGUUGAUGGCAGUUUCUCCGUCAAGCCACUGAAGCAAAAGCAAAUUGUGGACCGUGUGAGCUACCUCUUACAGGAGAUCUAUGGUAUUGAGAAUAAAAACAACCAAGAAACCAAGCCAUCUGAUGAUGAGAACAGUGACAACAGCAAUGAAUGUGUUGUCUGUUUGUCUGAUCUUCGCGACACACUCAUCCUGCCCUGCAGACAUCUGUGCCUCUGCAACUCUUGUGCAGACACUCUGCGUUAUCAGGCCAACAACUGUCCCAUCUGCAGGCUGCCCUUCAGAGCCCUGCUGCAGAUUAGAGCUGUGAGGAAAAAGCCUGGAGCUCUUUCUCCUGUGUCCUUCAGUCCUGUUCUGGCUCAGACUAUGGACCAUGAUGAGCACUCUGGUUCAGAUUCGGUCCCUCCCGGCUUUGAACCCAUCUCGCUGUUGGAAGCUCUGAACGGUCUGCGGUCAGUGUCUCCUCCCAUCCCAUCUGCUCCCCUGUACGAUGAAAUUAACUUCUCUGGAGGUCUGGGAGGUGACAGCCGACAGCUGAGCUCUCCGGAGCAUUUAAGUGAUGGAAGUCUGCAAAAAGGCAAAGUUAGCAAAUCACCUGACAGCACCCUUAGAUCACCUUCUUCUCCCAUCCAGGAGGAGGAUGAAGAGAAGCUGUCAGAGUUGUCAGACGCUCAGCCACACACACUCCUCUCCAGCAGCCCUGCUCCCACAGACGCCACAGCAACCGAGGACGUGGCAGAAUCCCUCUCUCCAGAUGACGAGGACAGGAUGCAUUCUGGGGGAGACAUCCUGCAGGACUGCAGCAGUGAACACUGCAGCUUGACCAAAACAGAGAGUGACCCAGCGGGUGAUCUGUCUCUACCUGGGUCAUCAGAGUCCACAGAAAGUCUGAAAAGUCAGAGCACAAACUGCUCCAGCCAGCCUCUCCUGUGUCCCACAAGCAGCCUUCAUAUGGAGGAUGAACACCUCAACCCCUGAUUCAUUCCCAGCUUUAUUUCACAAAGAUAAUCCAAUCCCUUGAUUAUUUUCACACACACCCAGACCCCUUCCCCUGCCCCAUCAUCUGCUUGCGUUACGAGAGAAGAUGGUAGCCCUGAAAAGAAGGUUAAUGAGGGAGGAUCCUGCUCAUUCCAUCAAUUCUUCAGAUGUUUUCAGUACCUUCCUCUGGAAAAAAAAGUUUAAUUUUGAAGAGAUUUCAUUAACUCUCAUGGUGUUUUGUGUCUUGGCUGGAAUUGUGGUCUUUUACGUAGAUUCCAGAGAUGUAUCACUACCUGCUAUGGUGGUGCUUUUAAGCACACUUACUUUAAAUUAAAUGUGUAUCACCUUCUUAACACUAAACUCAAAAUAUUUUAUAAAAGCAGUUUGUUUAGGUAUUGUAUUAAUUAGUGAAAGACAUCAGAUUAAUGAUUAUGACUUGUUUUCCUCUGUCAGACUGAAUGAUUUAUGAAGGCAUUUGAAAGCAUAUUACUAGUGUGUCCAUUUCAGAUGAUUUUGCAAUAACAAAAUCAUUCAUUAUUCAUUCCUUUUAACAAAAGUGUACAAUGAAAUUAUGUUAAAUCAUUUACUGUCUUAAACAUGACCAUUGUCAUAAUUUAAAGUGUUUAUAUCUAUGUAUGAUAACAACUAGAAUCCUGUGUAGUUAGUUCCAAAACUGUAUUCUUGCAUAUCUUGUAGGAAAAAUCCAAAGUUGAAGUAAUGAAACAACAUUCAGUUAACAUUUACAUUAUUUCUUUUAUAAUAAAUAGGAUAAAUAGGACUAUAGAUUCACAUUCUAACAGCUAAAUUCAAAGAUGUCUAAAGCCAGGAACAAGCAUAGAUGACCCACCUUCAUGUAUGCUGAUGUAGUACUGCACAGCACGCGUGCUCGUCAUUGAUGUGGCCGAUCUCUGUAGUCUUCUUUUUAUUGUGGCAAUGCCAGUGUUUGCUCAUGUUGUAGCUGCAAAAACAAAAAAGGGGUUGCGUGUUUGUGUGGCUGCAGCGGCUUUCCUUACCUUGGUCCUGUAUGUGUAGCACCAUGCAUAUAUAUAUAUAUAUGUGCCUUGAAUUAAUAUGGCUGCCUGCUUGUUGCAAUGGACAUUAGUGUUCUUAACAAAUUCUACAAUAUACAACAGUUUCAGCCCAUGGAAAGCAUUUAUGAUGCUGAUGUACAGAGCUUUUCUUGUUUUUAUAUUGCAAACUUCAUGCUUCUGGAAAAGUGUAUCUUGUCAUUGAUUAAUAUUAAGUUGAACUGUGCAUUUACUUUAUAAUGACCAAGUAUCAAUUAUGCAUUUAAUAUUAGUAUCUCAAGCUUGUAUUUUACUGGAAGGAAUAAAUCCUUUACAACAGAUGCAAACUUUUUUUUUUUUAAAUAUAUAUAUAUAUAUAUAUAUAUAUAAAAUCAGGCUCACAUUUGCAUGUGAAGUUUCACUUCCCCCUCCUCCGCCUUCCUUCUGUGGUUAUUUUUUCUUUGUCCCUUUCUCUUCUGUGCCAUUUCAACUUGACACUGUGCCUUCCUGUUCUGAACACUGUUGACCUGGUAUCCAGGAUAACCCCGCAGUAGGUGGUUUUUGGCUUUCUGUUAAAUCAAUACCUGUUUUUCUGUGUAAAUAGCAGCAUGUGUAAAUCAAUAAAGAACCAAUAUCCAGUACCUCAA